AUUUGUACCCCUAAUAUGCUAAUAAAUCUGAAAGCAAAUCCACACAAAAUGGGAAAAUAAUUACGAGAAAAAGGAAUCCUUCUGGAUUUGCGCGAAUGUUAAUGGAAAUAAAACUUGCCCAUGCACACAGGCCGUGUAUAAAUGGCUAUGUGCCUGCCCUCCAUAUUUUAUAAAGGUCAAACAAUUUCAACUCCUUCAACCUCGCGAGUCGAACAGUGACAUCAUGGACCGUCUUCCGUCAGCAUUCCUACAGCUCUUAACGCUGGCUGUUGUGAUCCUCAGCUGCAACGUCCACGCAGCCGACAACAUCGGCAUUAACUACGGCCUCCUCGGCGACAACCUCCCUCCCCCCGCCGAGGUCAUCGACAUGUACAAGGCCCACAACAUCGCGAAGCUCCGGAUCUUCGACCCCAACCCCGACGUCCUCAACGCCCUCCGGAACAGCGGGCUCGAGGUCUACCUCGGUAUGAAGAACCAGGAUCUGCCCGGCCUCGCGGCGAGCCAAGAGGCGACCGACGACUGGUUCAACACCUACGUCCAACCCUACCUGCCCGACGUCAACAUAGCGUGCAUAACGGUGGGGAACGAGGUGAUCCCCGGAGAAUUGGGACCCCACGUCUUGCCCGUGAUCAAGUUCUUGCAGGUUCACGUAAGGGCCAAGAAUCUCCCAAUCAUGAUCAGCACCACGGUGGCGACCUCGAAUCUCGCCACAUCGUAUCCGCCUUCCGCCGCUACGUUGACGCCUCAAUCCCAGGAGCAGCUCGUCCCCGUGAUGAAGGAGCUGGCCGAGGCCCAAACCCCGCUUAUGGUGCAACUGUACCCUUACUUCGCCUACGCGAGCGACCCGGUAAACAUCCGCGUGGACUACUCGGUGAUGAACGCGACCGAGGUUGUGGUGAAGGACGGGGAGUUGGAGUACAAGAACCUGUUCGACGCCAUGUACGACUGUUUCGUCUUCGUGGCCGAGAAAGAGGGAGCGGGGAAUCUGAAGAUGAGCGUGACAGAAACCGGGUGGCCCUCGGGAGGCAACGGGGACCUGACAACACCCGAGCUCGCACAGACAUAUAACCGCAACUUGAUGAAUCACAUCGCGAGCGGUGUCGGGACUCCCAAGAGGCCGAACAUUGCCAUCGACGGGUUCAUAUUUGCGAUGUUCAAUGAGAACCAGAAACCUGAAGGAGUCGAGCAGAACUUCGGACUGUUUUAUCCCGACAAGAGUCCUGUGUACGAGCUGUUUUGAUCCACAUGUCCAAAGGACAUUAUUCACUAAUUGUAUUUCACAUGUUUAAUGUCUUUAGACAUUUUCCAUAUGCUGUUGCAAAAUAAAAAAUGUACCGGUUCAAAAUAAAGGGAAAACAUUUUUUUUAUAUAUAUAUAUAUCAUUUUCUGAAGGGCUGAUUUGGUUCAGCGGUAAAACCAUUUAUCGUGGGAUCUGAAGUCACGGGUUCGAAUCCACCUCUCUAUACUAAAAUGUAGAGGUAAGGUGGCCUAGUAUAUUCCCUUCCCCAGCACCCUCACUAGAUGGGGAUACGAACUGGGUUGGUCCUUUAUAUAUAUAUUAUUU